AUGAAGUCCUACUGCACUAAACACACUGCGUCAAAUAACAAGUGGGCGCUAAAUAAUUUUCAGGAGUGGUUUGUGCAAAGAAAGACUAGUCUUCCUAAGUAUGAAAGCAGGCAGCCGCUAGAACUGCUCUUAACUGAUGAACCUUCUGAGCUAAGCCAUAUAUUAAGCAUGUACGUCAAAGAAACAAGGAAAGUGGAUGGCAGCGAGUACACCCCCAAGACCCUAUACCUACUACUGGCUGGGUUACAGCGCCAAAUCCGUCUCAAUAAAGGAAGAGCAUCCUCUAUUAAUAUAUUUAGUGAUCCUCUGUUAGACAGUUUUUACAAUGUAUGUGAUCAUGAGUUUCAACGCCUUCGUCUGGUUGGUAUAGGUGCUAAGGUAUCUCAUAUUGAGCCACUGUCAAAAGAUGAUGAAAAUAGUCUUUGGGAAAGUAAAGUAUUAUGCUUAUCAACUCCAAAUGGUUUAUUAAAUUGUGUUUUUAUUUACAAUGGUAAAAAUCUUUGCCUAAGGGGAGGUGAUGAGCACUGCCAAUUAAAAUUUUCUCAGUUACGUCGAGAAGUUUUGACUGUAGAUGGUGUUUCAAAGAGCCUCUACAUCUACACUGAACAUGGCAGCAAGAAUCGCUCAGGUGGAUUUGGAGAGCUGCAUGUACAGAACAAAGUCGUUCGUCAUUUUGAAGUACCUGAAGCAGGAGAUAGAAGUUAUGUGAAGAUCCUUGACCUGUAUUUGUCCAAAGUCCCAAAAGAAGCUAUUGAAAAGGACAAUUUUUAUGUUCGUCCAGUAACUGUCGUUGGAGAAGGAAAGCCAUGGUUUUCCAGCGUUCCUGUAGGAAAGAAUAAAUUGGCCACCAUGGUUAAAACCAUGUGUUCUAAAGCUGGAUUACAAGGGAAUAAAACAAAUCACAGUCUCAGAUCGUUUGGAGUCUCAUCUUUGUUUCAGGAAAAUGUGCCAGAAAAAAUAAUUCAGGAGAGGUCUGGUCAUAGAUCUGUUUCUGCUCUUAGGAUGUAUGAAAAAACAACAAGCAAACAGUUGAUUGAAGCGUCUCGAGUCCUCUCAUGCAUACCAUCACAAUCAAUUGAUGAUUUACCUGAGCCUAGCGAUGGGAAGCCAGAUUCACCUAGGUCUAGCGAUGUUAAGCCAGAGCCAGAUAAUAUGCUAGAGCAGUCUGAUCCAAAGAAUAACAUGUUUCGUGGGUCCACUUUCUCCAACUGUACAUUUCAACUGAAAUAG